AUAGUACAAGUUUAACACUUUCUCAGUGAUCAAUUAUCGGAAAAUAAUAUGGAAAAUUAUUUCAAUAUUACUGAUGUUACAAGUUUUUGGGCUCAUAGUCAGGUUCAACUACAUGAGGCCUUUAUUAAUCGUGAUAUUUUCAAAUUUCGUAGCGCCUUAAAACAAGGAGCUAACCCUUUAGCAACAAUACCUACUGAGCAAGAUGUGUGUGUCUUGUUUAAGGCUUUGCAAACGUCUGGUUGUUCGUUAUUUGUAGAGGCCUGCAUGCGUUGCUCGCAUAAACCAACAAAUCUAAACGAUUUUUAUAAAAAAGCUAUACAUUUUGCAUGCGCUUCGGAAGAUUGUGAACUUUUAUUAACGCUUUAUCGCUCAAGUGAUGUUAAAAUCAGACGUAAAUAUUUUACUUUAUUUGCCCUUACCAGCUUGGCUUGGAAUUGGGGCAUUUCACAAAAUGUACCCGAUCAGGAGGAAAUGACUCCUUUACAUUAUGUGGUGAUAAAUAAUAAUCUAAAUGAAGACAUACGACGUAAAAUCGUUAAAAUGUUUUUGUCUCAAAGUAACAUCGAUAUUGAUACCUUUCGGGGGGGUGAGUUAAGAAGAAUAUUAGAAAGGAAAUAUCCUGAUGUGUUAAUGCCCAUGAAGAUAACAACAGUUCAAUCUUUAAAGAAUCGUUUAAUAGCGGGAAAUUUGGAUUUAUUUGUACAACAGUAUACGAAUAAUCUUAAUAAUAUUAACGAGAAUGAAAAGUGGGAAUUAUUAUUGGAAUCUAUAAUACGAGAAGCCCACAAAGCCUUUGUGGUAAUCUUAUCUAGUGGCGUCAACUAUAAUAAAGAGGCAGAUUUUUCAAACGCUCAUAUUCACAGCAAUACUGGUAAUAGUUCAUUGUCUGAACAUUACGAAAUUCCUAUGACAAAUUUUACGGCCUUUCAGGUGGCCUGUAAAUCGGGCAAUACUUAUGCCUUGGAAAAACUUUUACAAAUGCCUGAUAUAAGAAUUGAUGACAAUACUUUACAGCAAUUUAUACCUUUAAUGAUAUAUCAUGUUAAAUUUUCGGUUUCACUUUAUCAGAACUAUUGGGAUUGUUUUCAAUUGUUAUUGGAUUCCGGUAAGAUCGACAUCAAUUCUAUAGAUCAACAUAAACGCACCGCUCUUCAUUAUGCCAUAGAAUAUCAAAAGGAUGAAUUGAUAAAAAUACUUUUGAAAAAAGGAGCUUAUAUUAAUGUGGGUAAGGGUGAACAUGAGCUACCUCUAAAUAGUCUACAACCCUCAUUAUUGGAACAACAUUUGGAUGACUGUAUAACCUCGAAUAAUCUUAAUUUGGGCGAAAAAGCUUAUGAAAUAAAAAUAAGUUUUAAGAAUUUUAUAACUUCCCAGCAAAGGUGUGAAAAGAAAUUGAAAGAAGUUUUAACGCCCAUCCAAUGUAUGGUCAAGUCCAAAGAACAUUGCUAUCUGCUGCAACAUCCAGUUAUAUCUAGUAUUUUACAUCUUAAAUGGCAAAAAGUCUCUCAGAUAUUCUAUAUAAACUUUCUACUCAGUUUGUUCUUUAUCGCCUCCAUUAUAGCUUAUAUAGUCUUGAACUUUAGUGAGACAAAGCAUGGAACUGCUUUAAAUAUUUCCUACAUCUGUAGCUGUUUGGGCAUUACUUAUUUGCUUCUAAGGGAAUGUUUACAAUUUAUAUUAGCUCCCUGUAAGUAUUUGAAGUCGUUUACCAAUUAUUUGGAAAUAUUGUUGAUAAUAUUCUCCAUAUUAAUUUGUUACUAUAAAAAUCGGGACUUGGAGGUGGCUUGUAUUUUACUCUUAGCCUUUGAGUUGCUUUCCUUAGUGGGUUCUCUGCCCAUUGAUUCCAUUUCUACUCACAUGCUAAUGCUAAAAACAGUAUCGAAAAGUUUUGCCAAAUGUUUUCUCUUUUACUCGAUUUUCUUAUUCACUUUUACUUUGUGUUUCUAUAUCAAAAGUGAUGAAGCCUCUAAGGAGAAAAAAUCCGUCAAUAGAUUUUCUGAUCCUUUGUUGGCCUUCUUCAAAACGAUUGUCAUGUUUAUUGGAGAGAUUGAUGCCGAAGAUUUAAAUCUCAACUCGGGCUUUAAUUGUUUACUUUUUCUAUCCUUCAUUUUCUUUAUGACCAUUAUUUUGUUUAAUCUUCUUAAUGGUCUGGCGGUAAGUGAUACCCAAGCCAUUCGUAAUCAAGCCGAAUUGAAUGGUGUUAUUUGUCGCAGCAACUUGUUGUCGGGUCUUGAAAAUGUCUACAUCAAAUGGUCUGAAUUCAUUUGCUGUAUGUAUAAUCCUUUUGAUUUCGUCCCUAACUACACCACCGAUAUUGAGGUCAUCUUUCGGCCCAAUGAUAAAAAUAAAAUUAUCAGUCAUAAAACUAUUUCUUCUUCAUUCCAUAACUGGUUUCAUUAUCUCUCCAAUAGAUGCCCUACCAUGGAUAAGCAUACGUCUGUACGAGCUUUGGCCAUUUUAAAGAGAAAAUCUGCUAAGAAUGAAAAAGUCAUUAGGGAUGAGAAACUUAAUUUAAUUUUAAAAAAGUUGUCAUUUAAAAAUUAAAAAAUUUAUAAGCAAAUAAU